GCGGCGGCGGCAGAGCAGAGGCGGAGGCGGAGGCGGAGGUGGCACCGGCGAAGGCUUCCUCGGCGGCGGCACCAUGUUCCUCCUGCACCCUGCCCACCUCUGGAACCUGGCGUUCUACACCUUCAUGGUCCUCCUGGCCACCCUGGGGCUGUGGGACGUGUUCUUCGGCUUCGAGGAGAACAAGUGCAGUAUGAGCUACAUGUUUGAGUACCCCGAGUACCAGAAAAUAGAACUUCCCAAGAAAUUGACAAAACGUUAUCCUGCAUAUGAAUUAUAUCUUUAUGGAGAGGGAUCUUAUGCUGAAGAGCAUAAAACUCUACCUUUGACUGGUAUUCCAGUUCUCUUUCUUCCUGGAAAUGCUGGAAGUUAUAAGCAAGUCCGUUCUGUUGGCUCUAUUGCGCUUAGAAAAGCAGAAGACAUUGACUUCAAGUACCACUUUGACUUCUUUAGUGUGAACUUCAAUGAAGAGCUUGUGGCACUGUAUGGUGGAAGUCUUCAGAAACAGACCAAAUUUGUGCAUGAAUGCAUUAAAACAAUCCUCAAACUCUAUAAGGGCCACGAAUUUCCUCCAAAAAGUGUGACAAUCAUUGGUCACUCUAUGGGUGGACUUGUUGCAAGAGCCUUGCUUACAGUGAAAAAUUUUAAACAAGAUCUGAUCAACCUUCUUAUUACACAAGCCACACCUCAUGUAGCUCCUGUGAUGCCAUUAGAUGGCUACAUUACAGAUUUCUAUCUUUCUGUGAACAACUAUUGGAUUCUAAAUGCUAGACACAUAAAUUUAACCACACUUUCUGUAGCUGGAGGAUUUCGAGAUUACCAAGUUCGUUCGGGACUGACUUUUCUACCAAAAUUAAGCCAUCAUACCAGUGCCUUAUCUGUUGUGAGUUCAGCAGUGCCCAAGACCUGGGUUUCAACAGAUCAUCUCUCCAUAGUGUGGUGUAAGCAAUUACAAUUGGCUACAGUUCGAGCAUUCUUUGAUCUUAUUGAUGCUGAUACCAAACAAAUAACUCAAAAUCCUAAGAAGAAAUUGUCAGUCUUGAAUCACCACUUUAUAAGACACCCAGCAAAACAAUUUGAGGAAAAUCCAGCAAUAGUUUCUGACUUAACAGGAACAUCUAUGUGGGUUCCAGUAGAAGUAUCCAAAUGGUCUUAUGUCGCUUACAAUGAAUCGGAUAAAAUAUAUUUUACGUUUCCUCUUGCAAAUCAUAGGAAAACAUACACGCAUGUCUAUUGUCAGAGCACCAUGCUGGAUACAAAUAGUUGGAUUUUUGGCUGCAUAAACAGUUCUUCUAUGUGUCGGCAAGGGGUUGACUUAUCAUGGAAAGCUGAAUUAUUGCCAACAAUUAAGUCUCUGACAUUAAGACUUCAAGACUACCCAUCUUUGUCUCAUCUUGUUGUUUAUGUACCCUCUGUCCAUGGAAGUAAGUUUUCUGUUGAUUGUGAAUUCUUUAAAAAAGAGACAAGAUCUGUACAGCUUCCUGUAACACAUCUUUUUUCCUUUGGAUUGUUUUCAAGGACGGUUGUAUUAAAUACAAGUGGCCUAUUCUAUAAUGUAGAGCUUCUGAACUUUGGACAGAUAUAUCAAGCUUUUAAAAUCAACGUAGUAAGCAAAUGCUCAGGAAUCAAAAGAGAAAUAACUAGUAUCUAUAAAGUUCAUAUUCCCUGGUCCUAUGAAGAUUCACUAACUAUUGCACAGAUUCCAUCUAACACAGAAAUAUCUCUGAAACUCCAUGUUGCUCAACCCGAUAAUUACAGUCAUACUGCAUUAUUAAAAAUGUACACAUCAUCAGAAUGUGAGUAUGAGGUGACAGUUAAGACUUCCUUUUCACAAAUACUUGGACAGGUAGUCAGAUUUCAUGGUGGAUCUCUUCCUGCUUAUGUUAUAUCUAGUAUCCUUCUUGCAUAUGGAGGACAGUUACACUCCCUUUUCUCAGCAGGUCAUUGCUUAGACUUUGCAGCGAUGUUGGAUAAAGAAGCCAAACCCUACAAAGUUGAUCCUUUUGUCAUUACAAUUAAGUUUCUGUUGGGAUAUAAAUGGUUUAAAGAAAUAUGGGAUAUGCUCUUGCUACCAGAACUAGAUGCCAUGUUUUUAACUAGUCAGAGUAUGUGUUUCCCCCUCGUGUCCUUGAUUCUCUUUCUGUUCGGAACAUGUACUGCCUACUGGGGUGGCCUGCUCUCUUCUACAUCUAUGAAACUCCUGUCUGCAUUGUGGCUCGCUUUGAAAAGACCUGCUGAGCUUCCUAAAGAUAUCAAGACAGUAUCACCAGAUUUGCCCUGUUUGAUUGUUGUUUUGAUUAUAGUUAGUUGGACAACAUGUGGAGCAUUUGCCAUAUUUCUGACGUAUCUUUACUAUUUAUUUAAGAUUGUUCAUCUGCAAGCCAGCCUAACGACCUUAAAAAAUACCCAGACUCUGAAUGCCAAAAUCUCUAAGCGAAAUGAAAAAAAAUCCACUCUGCCUAAAGACUCUACAGGAAAUGAAAAAAAAUCCACUCUGUCUAAAGACUUUACAGGAAAUGAAAAAAAAUCCACUCUGCCUAAAGACUCUAAAGACUCAGUAUGCCAUCUUCAUUUAUCUGUCAGCGAUGUUGAGGAUAGUCUUCACAUGCACAGAACUGUGAUCAAUUUGUUCACAUGGAUUGUAUUAAUCAGCAUGCCAUCCUUAAUUUAUUGGUUUAAAAAUCUCAGUUAUUACUUUAAGCUUAAUCCUGAUCCAUGCAGACCUUUGGCAUUUGUGCUUAUUCCAACUAUGGCAAUUCUUGGAAAUACUUUCACCGUUUCAAUAAAAUCAAGUAAGUUACUGAAGACAACUUCACAGUUUCCACUUCUUCUGGCUGUUGGUGUGGUUGCUUUCGGGUCAACACACUUAUAUAGGGUUCCAAGUUUUGUCUUCAUUCCUCUUUUGCUCCAUGCUUUAUGCAACUUUAUAUGAUAUUGGUUUCAAGGGAUGUUAAAGGGCAAGUGAUUGGAAAUGUGCUGCUCUGUUGAUGAAGAUAACUAAGUCCUUCUGAGAAGACAAGUCUAUUUUUACAGUGUUGGAGGACAUUAGUUUUGUAAUGCUUGAGGAAAGUAGUUUAAGCAUGGUUUUGCUUUGUGGUAUGGUACUUGUGUGCUGGUAAUGUUUCAAAAAUGGUUGUGUUGGCUUCUGUCUUCGAGGACUCUGCAUAUCAGCUAGUCUGCUGGAUUGGCCACAGCAAGGAUGUUCUAGAUACAUGACAGUGUAGUGUUAUUUGUAAUCUCACCUCUAGCAUUCUGCUCAUUUCAUCAAAGUUCCCACCAUGAAAUGGGUUUCUGAAGAUUUACUACUAUAUACAUCUUGAGAAAUGAAUAUUAAAAACUUUUAUGAAUUUAUAGCUGUUAGCUUUCUCAAAAAUAAAAUGUCUACUAAGUCUUUGGUCAGUUUUGGCAGCCAUAGGGAACAAAGUAGCCCUUUGUUUUCUUAGAUAUAUGAAAAUAUAACUUUUAAUUCUAAAAGACUUGGGUUCUUUUGGUAACCAAUGUAAUAUUGAUGGAUGAAAACAAUAUCCAGAUUCGAGAUAUUUUAUUACUUCCCAAAUAAAAAAUUUUAUAUUUAUUAUGGGUGCAUAUUACAAGACUAUUUAAGGAAAAGAUUUUUCUAUUGCUAAAUUUAAAGAAGUUUUU